AUGAAGGCAUCUGCUGUCCUCGCUACUCUCCUUUUCGGCUCCUACGCCGUUGCUGCGCCCUUCGACAGGCGCGCGCUCGUCUACAAGACUGAGGUCGUCACUGAGACUGUGGUUGUCUACACCACCGUCUGGGAUGACGAGCCAGUUGCCCAGGCUACUACCAGUGCUGGCGAGUUCUACGAGAAACCCAGCAAGCCAUCCACCACCAGCACUGCCGUAGUUGCACCCACUUCUUCGGUUGUGGCCUCUCCCCCAGCUGCACCUUCAAAGGCUGCUCCUACCACCUCCAAGGCUGCCCCAGCCUACACUCCUGUUGUUCCUGAGGAGCCUUCAAGCGUCUACACUCCUGUAGAAACCCCUACUUCAGUCUACACUCCCGUUCCCACUACUCCCGCCCCAGCCCCAGAGAGCUCUUACGUAGCACCUGCUCCCAAGCCUGAGCCCACUACCACCGCAGUCACUUCUGCCGCCCCUGAGCCUGUCUACUCUCAGGCUGCUGCUCCCUCAAGCGCUGCGCCUAGCUACGCUACCACCGGCGGCACCUCCUCUGGUACGUCGUUCCAGGAUGUAGAGAUCACCAUCUACGACAACACUGGUGCUGCUGGCGCUUGCGGUGAGGCUCUUACCGAUGACAUGCCUGUCGUUGCCAUUGCUCAGGGCGCUUGGAACGCCCAGGGAGGAACCACGCACGACGUCAUGACCGGCGCAUCAACCAACCCGUGGUGCGGAAAGGAGAUUGAGAUUGAGUUCCAAGGCAAGACUGCCAACGCUAAGAUCAUGGAUCUUUGCCCCGGCUGCGUGAACGAGUACGACAUCGAUCUCUCCCAUGCUGUCUGGAAGGACCUUGGCCUGACCGAGAUCACCCGUUACAAUGGCGUCAACUGGAAGAUCGUCUAA